AUGGCGACGGUGGGAAGAAACAUAGCAGCACCAUUACUGUUCUUGAAUCUGAUCAUGUACACUAUUGUACUUGGUUUCGCUAGUUGGUGUCUCAACAGAUACAUCAACGGCCAAACUCAUCACCCAAGCUUUGGAGGCAAUGGAGCAACAUCCUUCUUCUUGACGUUUUCGAUUUUAGCAGCGGUUAUAGGCAUAGCAUCGAAGCUGGCGGGAGCUAACCAUAUAAGGUUCUGGAGGAAUGAUAGUCUUGCAGCCGCAGGCUCUUCCUCUCUAGUUGCAUGGGCCAUCACUGCUCUUGCCAUGGGGUUGGCAUGCAAGCAAAUAAACAUAGGAGGAUGGAGAGGGUGGAGGUUGAGGAUCAUUGAAGCCUUUAUCAUAAUCCUAACGUUCACACAGUUGCUUUACGUCUUGCUGAUCCAUGCUGGUGUAUUCAGCAGCAAGUAUGGUCCUGGUUAUAGAGAUCGUGACUACGCUACAGGUCAAGGUCAUGGACCUCAUGGUCAUGUACCUGGCACUCAUGCAGGCGAGCACAAAGCUGGUGUUGGAACAACCACUAUGGCCGUUUAG